AUGAGAGAGUUUGGCUUGGUUCUCCUGUGCAUCUCCAGGAAGGGUGUGCAGUCCAACAGCUGGUCCGUUCACGUCCCAUCUGAUGUUACUGGUGAGCUUGGGAAGAUGGUGAUCCUGCCCUGUACCUUCACACACCCCUACAAAGCCUUUGACCGGACUCUCACUGCCAUUUGGAGGAUCAAGGAGCCUUACAACGGCACCAUAGUGUUCAAGUGUGUGAGCCAGAGCACCAGCGAGCUCUGUAAGACUGCCAUCAGCUACAAGAACAAGUACAAACUGCUGGGCAACCCCCGGCACAAGGACCUCUCCAUCAGGAUUGACAACCUGACCUGGAGCGACAGCGACAGAUACUUCUGCAGAGUGGAGCUGGCCGGAGACAUCCACGACAAGUAUGAAAGCAGGAGUGGGAUAAAGCUGCACUUGAUUGCUGCCCCCCGGAUCAUCAACAUCACGGUCAGCUCCAACAGGGAUCACACGUUCCAGGCCCGCUGCACCGCCGAGGGGGAGCCAGCACCUGCCCUGACCUGGACUGGUCCCCCCUACCCCAACCUCACCUCCACCACCAGCACGAGCCACCGCGUCACCAAGGAGCUGCGGUACCUGACCCACGACGGGAAAUACACCUGCACUGCUGUCAACAGCCACGGCAGGGCCGAGGGGGCCGUGUACUUCUACAAAUUCAAGGCGUCCGACAGCUCCUUCUUCAUGAUCCUGGUCCUGGUGCCGCUGGGAGUCAAGGUGCUCAUUUUGCUGGCCAUACUGAGCUUCACUGUGUUCUCCAGAGAAGGUCCCUCCUCCGCUCCAUCCAGCCUGGUCAGGCCACAGCUGCCAGACUGCACCUACGAGAACUUUGACCGCAGGCACGGAGGGAGCCAGACCCUGCCAGGAGGGAGAGCAGUGCCCAGGCGCAGCUGAGGAGAUCCCAUCCCCACCUGCUCCCUGCACAGGUGUCCUCUCUCCCAGGGAACACAAAACCCAUGUUGGCUGAUGAACAGAAGGCCAAACACCGGUGGGGAUGAUGGAACUGGGCGAUCUUUGAGGUCCCUUCCAACCCAAGCCAUUCUAUAUGCUAUGACUCCCAGCCCUGCUGCUGCUCACAAGCGAGAGCAGCCCUUAAAGGCAAAAGAGAAGAAAUAAAAAAGGGGUAGAGCUGGAAGAGCAGAGGAGGAUCUGCACAGAAUGUCAGUUUUAACCAAUCUGUGCGUUUUUAGCCCAGAUCAUAUUUAGCAAGCAGGUAAAAGCAUAAAAUUUUCUCAAAUGUUUUUGCUUUGGCAGUUUUCAAAUAUCCUUUCACUUGUCCAACCACAUGCAGCCUGCAAGUGAGCUACUGUCAUGUUUCAAACACCAGCUGUGACAGAACACUACUGGAAUUUCUGCUGGUGGUUUUGGGGAUUUUUUUUUAGUCAUUAUUAUUAUUCAUUAUCUUCCAGAAGAGUUUAUUUAAGAGUUUAAAGGAAACCUUAACUUUCAAGAGGAGGCCAAGAAAAAGGAAGAGGUUUUCCAAAAGCUGGUAGAGCUGAAAGCAGGACAUGCACAGUCUAAUUAGUCUCUAACUCUACUACUCUACCUAGUGCCCAGAGCUUUGUGAUAAAUACA